UAAUUUGUGCGACCAUUUUGUCCUUUCUCUUACAUGCCAAAUAUUAUCCUCUGGAUGACAAUCUCGGAAGUCGAUAACAAAGAGGGGACAAAGUGUUACCAUUUGAAAAUUGAGGGAGUUUUAAUUGCAAGUGAAAGUUUGGGGCUAAAGUAUCACUGCCUCAAGAUAAGGGUAGUAAUAUGAAAUCUAUCCUCAGUUUUAUUCCCAAAGUCGAAACUCAAAAUAAUUAGCCUUGCAGUUCACACUAAGGAGACGGGUUCGGUUGCACACAUAUCGCGUCACACUGGCAGCCCACUAUCCACUCUUUCCGGCACAAGAAAAUGGUGAGAUAUUCCCAAUGCACGGAGGGAAUUGGCGGUAAGGCGAACUCACAGAGUGUUCUCAUAACCUGUACUGACCGCACAUUGGGAACAUCUCCCGUUGUUGAAUUUAUUAUUCACGGGGAUGUCUGUGAGGUCGGUGUGAAGAACGCUCGGUGAGGAACAAUCCCAAUUUCCGAUAAGGAUCUCUAGAGGUCGCCCGUGGCCCUCCCAAGGAGUCUUCGGUGCUGCUGCCCGCCCGUCCGCCCGCCCGUCCGCCCGCCCGCUCGUCCAUCUCUGUGAAUCGAGGAACAAAAUCUCCAAAACCUUGUAGGCUUGUAUUAUUCUCCAAGGCACUGAGCUUGUUGAAUUGAACCACAAUUCUUGGGAAUUGGGAUGGAAUUUCUUCUUCCUUGGCGGUCCCUGAGAUAGAAUGAUUUGACAUGUUCGAUCCAGAGGCAGAAUGCGCAAGGUCGCCGGAAAUAAUCAAAAUCACCUCCGCUUCCCCGUCGGCCGUCACUCCGGUGGAUCUCUGUCGCUGUGUACUCUUCCGACUUCGGUCGCUCGAGAAGAGAAUCAAGAGAUGGCGGGGAUAAGUUGUUCUCGUUCGCACCUACUUUUAGUAUAGAUUAGAUUCCUGAUCCCUCUCAUCAAUGAAUUGGAUCUACUUCAAUGAAUGUGAUCGGACAUGUUUAAUAACCGUUGAUCGUGAAUCUCAAUUCUCAUAGAAGUGCCUUUACAGCUUUACUGUGAUGGAUGGGUCCCACCCACCCGAUCCAUUUUAUUGGAAAUAGACGAUUACACCUCCCGGCUCCCGGGCUCCCACCGUUAUCGCUUUUUUUUUCUCUGCAAUUUGGUCACCUCUCUCUCUCUCUCUCCAUCUGUUUUGGAUGGAUUAGAAGAACAACUUCGAAUCCUGAGUACUAGGUUUCCAGUUCGACAAUGGAAGGCUCUCCAGAAGAAGAGGUUCUUCAGCAGCACAAGCUCUGUGGUUUCGUCUGUGCUGUUCUUUCUGUGAAUUCACCUAACCAGCAUGAACAGAACGACCAAUCCAAAGAGCUAGCUAUUGGGACGCGUUGCUACAUCUUCGGAGAAGGGUCCGCUGUGGGUUUUCGCUGCGAAGAUGGUACAGUGUUAUCGUUAAUUCAAUGCGGUGGAAAUCCGGCAUUGGAUAUAGUAGAUUCGAAAGAGAAUUCUGAGAUCAAUUGUGGGAUUUUGACCCCCGAUUCUGGGAAGCGCAAGGUUAUUGCGAGUGAGUGUGGGUCUUCAAGGAAGAAGAGGCGGGUAAUUGGACUUGUUCAUGGUAGCAUGAGCGUGGUCCGUCAGCUUCACGCUUUGACAGUGAAUAAGUGUUUGGAAAUUGUCGCCAGAGUAGUUAAGAGUGUGGUUCGUAACAGUGGGGAAGCAAGGGCUGUUGUGUUGCUUGAUGUGUAUUUGCCAAUAGCGUUAUGGUCAGGUUGGCAGUUCCCCAGAUCAGGGUCAACGGCAGCUGCUCUGUUCAGGCACUUGAGUUGUGACUGGGAACAGAGAAACUUCAUGCUCGCCAGUGAUGGAAAUCAGUGUAAAUUUACUUAUGUGGAUGAUGGGAGAAUUUGGAACCUUUCAGAUUGUCAUGUUUUCGGAUGUAAUAUGCAUUAUGAUGAGCUUGGAUCUUCUAAGAAAAGGAGGUUUGAGCUUCAUGAAAUUUUUAAGAGCUUACCCGGUAUAACAAAGGAGGGAAAGGUUUAUUCAACAAGAAUAAAACCGGCAGAUGCAUCUCCUAGUUCAGGCAUUUGGGAUGUCUCAGAUGAUGUGUUGAUUAAUAUCCUAACUGCACUUGGACCAAUGGAUCUUGUUAGGAUUGCAGCCACUUGCCGACAUCUAAGGUCCUUAGCUGCUUCAAUCAUGCCAUGUAUGAAGCUCAAACUUUUUCCUCAUCAGCAGGCAGCAGUUGAAUGGAUGUUACAACGUGAACACAAUGCUGAAGUCUUGGCACAUCCUUUGUAUAUGGAUUUCUCAACUGAUGAUGGAUUCCAUUUUUAUGUGAAUGCUGUUACUGGUGAAAUAGCAACUGGAGUUGCUCCAACCAUCAGGGAUUUCCGUGGGGGUAUGUUUUGUGAUGAACCAGGCUUAGGUAAGACUAUAACUGCUCUUUCACUAAUUCUGAAGACACAAAGAACACUAGCAGACCCACCAGAUGGGGUAGAAGUAACAUGGUGUAUGCAUAAUCCUGACCUGAAAUGUGGCUAUUAUGAGCUUAGUUCUGGUCAUUUCUCACCUGGUAAUUUCAUGUCAUCAUGGAAAAGGAUUGUAGGUCAGAAUGGACGAAGAGGACAAAUCUGUACAGAUAAGUUUAUUUCAGCAACAAAUUCCAAAUCCUCAUCAAAGAGAUCAAGAUUACCGGUCUCUGAUGCGCUGUAUGGAAGGUCUACUGUUUCCUGUCCUAGCAAAUUGGAAAUUACAUCUUCCACAGCUGCACACUCUUUGCCAGCGGCACAUGUCCUUAGAUGCACAAGGAGUUUGAGUCGUGUAAAGAGAAAUCUUCUAAAUCAAUAUGAAGGAGCUUCAGGCCUUCCAAAACACAGCAGGGUUAGAAAUGAUGGAAUAAAAAGGAGACAUGCUUCCAUUGGCUCAAGAAAUAUCUCUCUGGAAAAGCGAGCUAUGCCAUCCAAAUUGUCAAACCGUUCUAAGAAUCUUAAGAAAGCUAGUAUUGAACACUCUGAGUAUAGUGAAACUUGGGUUCAGUGUGAUGUGUGUCACAAGUGGCGAAAACUUUCAGACAAAAGUAUACCAGAUGCUACUGCAGCAUGGUUUUGUAGCAUGAACACUGAUCCACUACAUCAAAGUUGUGCCAUUCCAGAGGAAUCUCAUGACUAUAACCGGUCUAUAACAUAUUUACCAGGGUUUUACACUAAAGGAACCCGAGGAGGAAAGGAGCAAAAUGUGUUGUUUUUCACAAGUGUGCUUAAAGAUCAUUAUCCAUUGAUAAAUUCUGAGACAAGAAAGGCUUUAACUUGGUUAUCUAAACUUUCUCAGGACAAACUCUUAGAAAUGGAAACAACUGGCUUGAUGCGUCCUGUCUUGGAUACACGUAUGGUUUCUGACGUUGAUGCCAAUGGAUACCAUAAAAUAUUUCAAUCCUUUGGUCUGAUAAAGAGAGUUGAAAAGGGUAUUGUUCGAUGGUAUUACCCAUGCAGGCUUGUCAAUUUGGCUUUUGAUUUGGCAGCACUUCGAAUUGCUCUCACCAAACCAUUAGAUAUAUUCAGGUUAUAUUUGUCAAGAGCAACUCUUAUUGUUGUCCCAGCAAAUUUAGUAGAUCAUUGGAAGGCACAAAUCCAAAAGCAUGUCAAACCAGGACAUCUGCGCAUCUAUGUCUGGACUGAUCAGAGAAAGCCCAGUGCACAUAGUCUGGCAUGGGACUAUGAUAUUGUCAUAACCACCUUUAAUCGCUUAAGUGCAGAAUGGGGUCCCCGUAAGAAGAGUGUAUUAGUGCAAGUGCAUUGGCUUAGAAUAAUGCUAGAUGAAGGACACACCCUUGGUUCAAGUCUUAGCUUGACAAACAAAUUGCAAAUGGCUAUUUCAUUAACAGCUUCAAAUCGAUGGAUAUUAACUGGAACACCAACUCCAAAUACACCCAACAGUCAAGUAUCACAUCUUCAACCCAUGCUUAAGUUUCUCCAUGAGGAAGCAUAUGGACAGAACCAGAAGUCAUGGGAGGCUGGCAUUCUUAGGCCAUUUGAGGCAGAAAUGGAAGAAGGCCGUUUGCAUCUGCUGCAGCUACUUCAAAGGUGCAUGAUUAGUGCCAGAAAGAAAGAUUUGCAAACAAUUCCUCCUUGCAUCAAGAAAGUGACUUUUGUUGAUUUCACUGAGCAACAUGCAAGAAGUUACAAUGAAUUGGUAGUCACUGUUCGCCGCAAUAUUUUAAUGGCUGAUUGGAAUGAUCCUUCUCAUGUGGAGAGCCUCUUGAACCCAAAACAGUGGAAGUUCCGCAGCACCACAAUCAGAAACGUGAGGCUAUCAUGCUGUGUGGCUGGACAUAUUAAAGUAACAGAUGCCGGUCAGGAUAUUCAGGAAACCAUGGAUAUUUUAGUGGAACAGGGUCUUGAUCGUGAUUCAGAAGAGUAUGUUGUGAUUAGAAAUUAUCUCCUUAAUGGUGGUAACUGUUUCAGGUGCAAAGAGUGGUGCCGCCUUCCUAUUAUUACACCUUGUAGGCAUCUUCUAUGCCUUGACUGUAUCGCAUUGGAUAGUGAAAGGUGCACUUCCCCCGGUUGUGGUUACUCUUAUGAGAUGCAGAGUCCUGAAAUAUUAACUCGUCCUGAAAAUCCUAAUCCAAAAUGGCCUGUUCCCAAAGAUCUUAUUGAGUUACAACCUUCUUACAAACAGGAUAACUGGGAUCCUGAUUGGCACGCAACAUCAAGCAGCAAAGUUGCUUAUCUUGUGGAAAGGUUGAAAGAAUUGCAGGAGGCCAAUAAAAAAAUAGGAUGCUCUACAGAUAAGGAGGAAGAUGUAGAGCUCUCUCAUUCACUUCCUUUGCUCCCUCAGAAAAGACGCUGGAAUGUGUUCCUUAAUCAAGAGGAUUACAGCAAAACAAAUGUUGAGUCUUACAAGUUACUUCCUGAGAAAGUGAUAAUAUUUUCUCAGUUCCUUGAACAUAUACAUGUCAUUGAACAGCAGUUAACAGGUGCUGGCAUAAAAUUUGCUGGAAUGUAUAGUCCAAUGCAUUCUUCAAACAAGAUGAAGUCAUUGGCAAUUUUCCAGCAUGAUGCAAAUUGUAUGGCUCUUUUGAUGGAUGGAAGUGCAGCUCUGGGUCUUGAUUUGAGCUUUGUCACUUGUGUAUUUUUGAUGGAACCUAUCUGGGACAGAAGUGUGGAGGAACAAGUCAUUAGUCGAGCACAUCGAAUGGGUGCUACUCGCCCUAUUCAUGUGGAAACUUUGGCCAUGCGUGGCACCAUUGAAGAGCAAAUGCUUGAAUUCUUACAGGAUGCUAAUGGAUGUAGAAAAAUCAUGAAGGAAGAGAUUGGACGAACUGAUUGUGUAGGUGCAAGAGCACAUCGUACAUUGCAUGAUUUUGCUGAGAGCAAUUACUUGGCCCAGCUUAGCUUUGUGCGGACAAGUGCUAACAUUUAAAGGUAAGUGGCUGACUUGUAUUCAAUUAUACUUCAAGGAGUCAGUUUGACAAAUGUAACUUUGUGUAUGAUACGUUUAGGGAUAGUUCAACAUUAUUAACAAUGCCAAUUCAUUCACUGUUGUAUGUGUAUCUAGGCAGACAGUUCAGGUGGCUGAACAUGUACAUGGAUAGAUGUGGUUUAUAUUGAAAAAACAAAAAAAAAACAAAUAAUAUGACCUCAGAGCAGAAUGGAGGUACAGAUUUGUGCUUCCGACUAUAUUUAGGUAGCUGGUUGACACAGGUGAUGAUGAUGAAUUUGUAUCCUUGUAUUCAUUAAACACUGUCUUGUUAUACUAUCAUGUACCAAUACGGGUAGGAGAAUCCCAUUAUUUCAGUCGUUCUUGUACUGUGUUAUCAAUCAAAAUACUGUGUAUUAUUCCUUUC